ACUACUCUCUCUCUCUCUCUCCUCCAUUUCAAAAAAGUUUCUACUUUUCUUCUGACUCUCACUCUCUCUCCUCAACAAGAAAGAAGAAGAAGAAAGAUUCUCUCUCUACAAAACUCCUGAGACUUCUUACUCUGUCCAUUGUUCUGUAAUAGAAAGAUAGAGAGCAUGAGAGAGAUUGUCCUUCUCCUCCUAGCUUCGAGCUUACUCUCCACAUCAACAACGGCUAAAUCAACCAUCGAGCCGUGCUCGAGCAACGACACGUGCAACUCCUUACUCGGCUACACCCUCUACACCGACCUCAAAGUCUCGGAAGUAGCGUCCCUCUUCCAAACAGACCCAAUCUCCCUCCUCCUCGCCAACGCCAUCGACAUCUCCUACCCUGACGUCGAGAACCACAUCCUCCCUUCCAACCUCUUCCUCAAAAUCCCCCUCACCUGCUCCUGCCUCGACGGCAUCCGUAAAUCACUCUCCACGCGCUACAAGACCCGCCCUUCCGACACGCUAGCUUCCAUCGCCGGCUCCGUCUACGGCGGUCUGGUCUCCGCCGAGCAGAUCCAGGAGGCUAACUCGGUUGCUGAUCCGUCGUUGCUCGAUGUCGGGACGAGUCUUGUUGUCCCUCUCCCUUGCGCUUGCUUCAACGGGAGUGAUGAUUCUUUGCCUGCGGUUUAUCUGUCGUAUGUGGUGAGAGGGGUUGAUACGUUGGCGGGGAUAGCGAGGAGGUAUGAGACUACUGUUUCUGAUUUGAUGAAUGUGAAUGCUAUGGGUGCUCCUGAUGUUAGCUCCGGUGAUAUCCUCGCCGUUCCUUUGUCAGCUUGUGCUUCAAACUUCCCCAAGUAUGCUUCGGAUUUCGGAUUGAUAGUUCCAAAUGGUAGCUACGCUCUAGCCGCAGGUCACUGCGUGCAAUGCAGCUGCGCGCUUGGGAGCCGCAGUUUGUAUUGUGAGCCUGCUUCUUUAGCCGUAUCUUGCUCGAGUAUGCAGUGUAGAAACAGCAAC